AUGUCAACCAACAAUCUGCAAUGGAAUUUAAAGUCUAAAUGGUCAAACUUUUUAGCAACAAGAAAUCGUUUAAUAAUUUUCGUAAUAUUAUGUGUCAUAUUAAGUAGUCUGACAAUAACAACCAUAACGUUUGCUGUUUUGUGGAAGCGUUCAAAAUCUCGUUCUAAUUAUUUAUACGCAGCUAAUAAAGGCACGAUAGGUUUUCCUAUUCGUUUACCUAAUGAUGGAAAAUAUAUUCAAUGGACAUUUUUACAAUUAAACGAUGUUUAUGAAAUGCUUCCUUUAGAUGAAGGACGAAAAGGUGGUCUAGCUCGUGUUGCUCGUGUUCGACAAUUAUUAUUAGAAGAAAAUUCUCAAACAUAUACAAUUUUUUCAGGUGAUUUUCUUUCACCAUCAGCUUUAAGUCAAUCGAAAAUAAAUGGAACAACAUUAAAUGGACGGCAAAUGAUUGCAACAAUGAAUGCAUUAGGAACAGAUUUUGUUACAUUUGGUAAUCAUGAAUUUGAUUUAAGUGAAACUGAAUUAAUUAGAAGAAUCAAUGAAUCAAAAUUUACUUGGAUUAGUUCAAAUGUAUUUAAAAGUGGAACUGAUCAACCAUUUUCAUCAAGUAUUCGAUAUAAAAUUUUAUCAAUUGACGAGAUUCGUAUUCUUCUAAUUGGUUUAACAAUCGACAUAGAUAAACCAUACGUUCAUAUAAUUAAUCAAACAUCGCUUAUUUCAUUUGUUCAACAAUUUCUUAAAUCAAUUUCAUCUGUACAAUAUGAUGUUUUAGUUGCAUUAACUCAUUUAGAUUUAGCAGUAGAUAUUCAACUUGCAGAAAAUAUACCAAAAAUUAAUUUAAUAUUAGGUGGACAUGAACAUGAAGAUUAUUUUUUAUUACGAGGUGCUCAAUAUAUUCCAAUAACUAAAGCUGAUGCAAACGCAUUUACUGUUUAUAUUCAUCGAUGUGCUUUCAAUGUAAAUACUAAACAAUUUCGUGUUUAUCGAACAUUAGCACGAAUCACUUCGGAAUUAGAAAAUGAAAAAAAAACAGAUGAUGUUGCCAAUUAUUGGUACAAUUUAGGUAUAAAAGGUUUUGAACAAAUGGGAUUUCAACCGAAUAAAAUAGUAUCUUGUUUACCAUCAACUAUUCAAUUAGAUGGUCGUUCAACAUCAGUAAGAAAUUUUCGAACGUUAUUAACAGAUGAUGCUUGUGAAAGUAUUUUAAAUGAAACAUCUAUAAAUGGAACAAUAAUUGGAAUUUUUAAUACAGGAGCAAUACGUAUUGACGAUAUUCUGCGAGGCAAAAUUACACAAUAUGAUGUUUUACGAGUAUUUCCUUUUCAAGAUAAUUUUUUGUCUCUAUCCGUUCCUGGAUCAUAUCUUGCUAAUGUAUUAAGUCAUGGCAUGUCAAUGAAAGGUAGUGGAGCAUUUCUUGCAUUUUGUGGAAUUCAAACUCCAGACCAAGGGCAAACAUGGCUAUUAAAUGGAAUCGAUAUUUCAAAGUCCGGUGGUAAUUAUUCUGUUGGUACAAUAACUUAUAUCAAAGAUACUGAGUUUCUUGAUCCAUCCGUAACUGUUUGGCAUGAAUUCAAUGUAACACAAACGCAAGGUUUAAUCAAUUAUCUACAAAACAAAUAUCCAUCCUGUUGA